UCUGGCUAUAACUUCCUCUUUAAAAAUAUAUUGUUUGCUCUCCUUCAUCCCUCUCCAGAAGAGAAGAGGAAACACAAGAAGAAAUGCCUGGUGUACAGGCCCAAUUCCAACUUCCUGGGUGUGAAAUGCCCAGGAUGCUAUAAAAUCACCACGGUCUUUAGCCAUGCACAAAUGAUAGUUUUGUGCGUUGGCUGCUCCACUGUCCUCUGCCAGCCUACAAGAGGAAAAGCCAGGCUUACAGAAGGAUGUUCUUUCAGGAGGAAGCAGCACUAAAAGCACUUUGAAUCAAGAUGAGUGGGAA